AUGGCACAAUCAUCUUAUGGUUUUCUUGUUGCGAGCCCUCCUGCUUGGCCAGGUAGUUUUUAUUCUACUGCUAAAUGUGAUAGAAAUCGAUGUUGUUGUUUUGAUGGUUUGAUUACGUUGUCACGUGUUGGUUCCAAGCAACUUCGUCUUGUUACACAAGUUAAUGGUGCUGGAUGUCCACCAAAUCGUUAUAUUGAUACAACAAUAAAUCUUCCAACAUCAUUCGGCACUGUUAUUAAUCUUUUUGGUGGUUUGGUCGAUGUUAAGUUGAGUUCUGAUAGUCGUAUCAUUGAUGUUUUUAACCAAGCUGCUCCACUAUGUAGUGGAAGUGCUGUUCGAUCAUAG